AAUCCAGUUCGCUUCUCGCCUCACCGGCACACACCGACAGCCGCCCAACUUGACGGAGUUAGCUGUCCACCAAAGGGACUGGUUUACCGUGGACUUUGACCGUUUAGGGACAACACUUCAACGCGAGAGAGGUCCUCGCGCACCUUCUGAGUCCUCCGCCGCCUCUUCCGGUGCAACAAUUCAAACACACCCAAUCGGUCAACAAGAAGUUCGGGGACUCUCAGUUUGUACACAGACCCUGCAAAGGUGUUCGUUCCUCAUCUGCCACACCGAGGCCUUUAGUCAUGGCCCUGGCCGGAGUGAGGGUCAUCGAAUUGGCCGGUCUGGCUCCCGCUCCCUUCUGCGGUAUGGUCCUGGCAGACUUCGGAGCCAAGGUGAUCCGCGUGGACCGGACCAAGGUGCCGGUCUCUCUGGACACGUUGCACCGGGGCAAGCGGUCUGUGGCCGUCGACCUGAAGACGGCGGAGGGCCGAGCUCUGCUCAGGAGGCUCUGCGUCCAGUCCGACGUGGUGCUGGAGCCCUACCGCAAAGGCGUGAUGGAGAAACUGGGCCUCGGCCCACAGGAGCUGCUGACCGAGAACCCUCGUCUGAUCUACGCCCGGCUGACCGGCUACGGCCAGAACGGCUCCCACGCCACCGCGGCCGGGCAUGACAUCAACUACCUCGCCAUGUCGGGCCUUUUGUCCCGGCUGGGUCGCAGUGGAGAGAAGCCCCUCGCUCCCCUCAAUCUGCUGGCGGACUUUGCCGGGGGGGGCCUGACCUGCGCUCUGGGGAUCGUCUUAGCCCUCCUGGAGCGGGAAAAGUCGGGAAAAGGACAGGUCAUCGACGCUAGCAUGGUGGAGGGAGCGGCCUACGCGGGCUCGUUCGUGUGGAAGUCCGGCAGCAUCGGCAUGUGGGACCGGGGCCGGGGGGAGAACCUGCUGGACGGCGGGGCGCCCUUCUACGACACCUACAGGACCCAGGACGGGAAGUUCAUGGCGGUGGGCGCCUUAGAGCCCCAGUUCUACCUGCAGCUGCUCAAGGUCUUGGAGUUGGACCCCAGAGAGCUGCCCCCCCAGAUGAGCUUCAGCGAUUGGCCGGAGCUGAGGAGGAUCUUCUCGGCGCGUUUCGCGUCCAAACCCCAGGCGGAGUGGUCCCGGCUCUUCCAGGGCACGGACGCCUGCGUGACCCCGGUGCUGUCCCUCGACCAGGUCAGCUCGCACCCCCACAACCGGGAGAGGGGCUCCUUCAUGAAGGACUCCGGCGGGGGGGAGUUCCCCCGCCCGGCCCCGGUCCUGUCCCGCACCCCCGCCCGGCCCAGCCCCGCCGCCCACCUGACCACGGGGGAGCACACGGUGGAGGUCCUGCAGGAGUUCGGCUUCAAUUCGGAAGAGAUCGAGCAGAUGUUGGCAGCUGGGGUCGUGGAGGCCAGUACUGAGAGGUCCAAGCUCUAAAGGACCAGAGAAAAACUGCUUUAGCCCUCUAUUUUCUAUCCAUUAGAAAGAAGAUAUUUCACUCUCUUUCCCAUCAUACAUCUGAAAU